AUGUGGCUGGCUUCACUGAGAUUGAGGGAGUACCUUGGACUCCUAAAGAAGUUUGUCACAGACUCAAAUGCUGUGGCUCAGCUCAAAGGGCUUGAGGCGGCUCUGAUUUUCAUCGAGAAAGCUCACGUAGCUGGCAGGGUGGCCGGUCAGGUGGUGUCGGGCGUGGUGACCAAAGUGUUCAACCAGCCAAAGGCUCGGGCCAAGGAGCAGGGCACCGACAUCUGUCUGAUGUACAUCGAGAUCGAGAAGGCAGAGGUGGUUCAGGAAGAGCUGCUGAAAGGACUGGACAACAAGAACCCCAAGAUAGUGGUGACCUGCAUUGAGACGCUCAGGAAAGCUCUCAGUGAGUUUGGAUCUAAGAUUGUGAUGCUGAAACCAGUAGUGAAGUUGAGCACAUGUAUUGGCGGGACCCUGACACCGCAGCUCCAUUUACUGAUUGCUUCUGCACAGACCGAGAGUUCAUAG